CUUCAGGUGAAUGGUUUGGAAUCUGCAAGGUGCAUUUCAGUAGUACGAUAGCGUAGACAUCCGUUGGAAGAAAUAUAAAAAAACAGGAUCCGCGAAAAUCGAAAUAUCAGUGUUGUUGUGUGGCAGUGUACGUGUGUAAAUGGAAACAGAGGUUUUACCUGCCUGCGGCACAAAUGCGCUGGUAGCAAAGUGAUUUUCACAAACGCUGUGGCUUGAUGGACAGGGAUCAAAUUAGAUCGUACGGUAGUGAAAGAAAUUAGAUCAAGUGCAACUCUACGGCGCUCCGUGUCAACCUUAGUGCUAUGCUUGCAGUCAAGAGAUUUGCGGAAAAAAUGCACAAGUGGUACCAGGAGAGCAGACGGCAGUGAAGAGAAAUGAAAAGUUUGUAAACAAAUGAAAAUUUGAAAAAUAACAGCGUGUUCGAGAUCCGGGCGUAGCGAACAUAAAGCGAAGAAGCAAAACAAGCAAAAAAGCGAGUCAACAAUUAUAGAAUAACUGGAGUGAUUAGAAGCAUUGCAAGUGAGGCAGAGGAAUUCCGAAGGGAAGAGAAAACGUGCUGCAGAGUGUGGGCAUUAAGUGCGAAUCGGAUGCUAUUUUGUGGUCUGUGCCCCAUUUGUGGAAGGCAUUUGUGGAGAAACGAACGAACGAAAGUGCGGUGGAAUAUGCGAACCUGAGAACUGGAAGAAAUAUAUAGAGUGAGUUGGAGGUUUUUGAUUUUUGGACUUUAAAAGUUGCUCCAUAAAAAUCGAGUGGAAGAACAAACAAACGGCAAAACGGAUGGAUUGUACAUGCAGUGUGCGUUUUGCGGUGGGUUAUAAUUUUUAACCAGGGCAAAAAAAGAAAUCAAUCAAUUGAUUGUUUAUUGCUGUGUUCUGUUUUGUUGACAUGUUCGAAUUGCUUUGAUUUAAAGCAUAAGGCUUGGCCUUUUUUUUUUUCUAAAAAACAUCAUAGUUGAUAACAGUACCCAAUGUGAAGAAUUGCUUGGUAGACCGAAGCUGCAACUAUUCUUUCCAGUUUGAACAUAUAGCAGCUAGCUCAUAAAUCCUGAAUCUUCAAAAGUUGUUUAAAAAGUAUACACGUUGUUCUAAGUUAUAAUAAAAAAAUAAAUUGGUAGUGAGUUUGUUUCUUACGUACGAUUCCUUGAUAAUAGCAAGGGAUUUAAACAAUCGAAACUGGAGGAAAAAACAGAGAUAAUCACCGGGAUCAAAAUACGAUGAUUGCAUAAUUUGGAACCUAACCACGUUUGAAAUAAAAGUACGAAUCGAACGAAGGCUUAGGUCGAAGUUUGUUAACUCUUAAUUUGUUAUUGUGAACAUAACAAAAAAAUCAAAACGACGAAACGAAUUUCAGUUCCCGAGAAAUCAAAGUGAAGUAACAAAAAAGUCCUUGUACGUGUUGUGGUGAUUUUUGCUCUCAGAUAGUUUGGUUUUGCAUUCUUGCUACCGCUGGGGUCUGUAGCACGAGGCAAAGGUCAAUCACGCGAAGGUCUCAUUUUCACAAACGUGUCGACGAAAUGGAUAACGAAUCGUGCUUCGGCGGCGGAGACAUCGCCGGUGCAAUCUUUGGGACGCUGCUGGCCGUCGUACUGCUUGCCGUGCUUGCAUGGUGGCUCUACCGGAAGGGUUAUUUGCUGAAACUAAAAGAAUCACAACUCGUCCCAGAGGAUCCCGAGAGUAAAAAAGAUGAAUUUGCCUUCGAUAACCCAGCCUUCAAAACCGGCGAUGGCACCACUGGUAUCAACAAGAGUAACUCUCCGCUGGAUCCCAGCUGGACAUCCGCCAACAAACAAAACAGCCUUGACAAGCGGAAAACGGUCGACGAUAGCUGCCUCAAUAGCACUGCCCCCCGGCUUGUAUCCUUGCGUGGGUCGGACUUCACCGGACUGGGAGUAGAGGUGUACGGUGGACUGAAGGAGGGUAUUUUCGUAAAGAAAGUCAUGCCUCAGGGUCCAGCGGCUGGUUCCGUAAACACAGGCGACAGGAUCACCAGUCUCACUAUCGACUUCCGACAUAUCGCCCUUGAAGACGCGAUGACUAUUCUCAGUUAUGCGUCCCCGUAUAACGUCCAACUGGAAUGCGUCCGUGGAGAGAAAAUCCCACAAACGCAGAGUCCGAAACCAGGCCAUCAACCUCUCUCCCAUCCAAUGGUACGGUCAAGCAGUCAGUCAGACAUGAAUACGAUUGAACGCAAUUCUCGCAAAAAGUUAUUCCCUGGCGAGGACGCCAGCUCGACACUUAAGAUGGAACAAAACUCUGGACCACCCAGUUUGAACAAAGUCUUACCCACCGUACACAAGGAGAACGAAAAAGAACCGAAGAAACACUCGUUCAAGCAGCAGAUGAAGGAGAUGAUUGAGGAGAAGUUCCAAUCGCGUCAUGCCGAAGUCGAUCGCAAAGACUCCAGCGGAGAAGGCAAAAAAGGUCACAAGUUCGGAAUUCGCGUCUUUCCACCAUCCGUGAACGACAAACUGUUCGGUCGGAGCCCCACCAAAACCCAUGCCGACAACGAAAACAACACCAAUAUCGAGAAGAAAGAAUCCGAAGACAAGAAGGAAAAAUCACCCUCACCACCGGUUGUGAAGAAGCGCACAAAGGAACCGAAAGUAAUUCCAGAUGUAGUCACAAUUGAAUCAGCACCAGUUGAGGCAAACGUGGCGCCCACUGAAUUCCAGCGUCAAAAUAGCAUAACAUCCAGUGGAAUAAAACGUGAUGCAGCUGGAAUCCCCCAGGAAAUGCCUGGAUUCAUGAUGCAAGCCGCGAAUGCUGCGAAAGACAAUCGAAAGUCGACAAGUGUCGAAGCCGACAAUAAACGCAAGGGAAAAGCUCCCAAGCCUCCUCAGAACGAAUCAGAAAUGGAUGAUAGCACAGUUACCAUGUACACCAAUCUGAGCCUAGAUGUAACCGACGCCGCCGUAAAUGGUAAUCGAAUGAUGAAUGGAACUAUGGAAAUCUUGCAAGAAGAUGAAACCAAUCAGAAGAAGUUAAACUCAAGCGAUCGAAUGAACUUUUCCGACAACUUUGCCGAAGAAGUACUCAACUGUACAAUUGAAAGCGUUUCAGGUAUGGAAAAAUUCGAUGAAGAAGGACCCAGUAAUAGUUCGACCCCAAAAAGCGAGCACAAGAAAAGUUCGCUAACCGAAAGUAUGUCGCACGCAGACCAUGAUUCUGAUGUUGAACAACACGAUGUCCCACUUGGUAACAAAAUCGAGCUGGACUCUAGUGACAUAACUGUUCAUCAGAGUUCACCUAGCCCGACCAGCAGCGAGGAAAUGAUAGAUGACAGCAAUCGUAGAACUGCUAGUCUAGGAGAUUUGUCAAAACUUGACACCCAGAAGUCAAAUCCGGGCAGCAAUAGCAAUACAUUGGAAAGAGCGCAAAGUUUGGAAAUUUCCGGAGAUUCUGACGUUGCUGUUGUAACAGGCAACACAGCAGCUGGAAAUAAAAAACGCAAGGUAUCCGUCGAGGGCCAGGUGCCUGUUGAGUCGAAAGAACCCAAGCUAACGUGCGGCGUUGGCGGUGGUCUAAUGGAUGGAAUAAACUCGUUGCAAAGGCUCAAAGGUGCCUCCGCUUGGGGUAACUUGGAAGAUGCAAUCAACUCCGGCAAAUUGCUGAACAGUUCCUCGGAAAGUGAGCUGAAAACUUCCACGGAAGAUGUUACAGAGAAAGUAGUUACCGCAAUGGAAAAUGGUUUAAUCAGGAUAAAAGAUCAGAUAACAGAAAAUACCAGUACGGUAGUUCAAAUGGUCAAUGGAGCAACAAUGAUCAAUGGAAUCGAAGACAACAAAGUUACAUUGGAUGUGCAGCAACCGAAAAACGCAGAAGACAGCAGAAUGGAUUCCGUUACAGUGACUGAUAAGAUAGCUCCAGCAGUUAUUGUUGCUGAAGAGAGGAAAGUAGAAAAAGAUAAUGAACACGUGUCCUUGACAACGAUCAAUAUGGACUACAAUGGAGGUUAUCCCAUCGAAUCCGAACAAAUCAACAACAAAACUGAUCAGGUGAAAAUUACCAACUAUGAUACAAACAUACCAGAUGAUGUUAAGGUUUCACGAUACCCUUUCGGUAGUCUUGAACGGCCCAAAUCGGAUGUGUUGAAAAAACUUUUGGGGCAAAAAGAAGAGCUUGAAAAUACACCAUCCGUGUUCAUUUCUGGAGAUAGCGAUUCUAACAAGAUAACAAUCGAAAAUAGCUAUCAUGAUGUUGGUGAACCGAUCAGUUUGACACUAAUCAACAACACGGAGUCACAUCCAAUAGAAAAUGACCUUACUGAGAGCAGCCAAGCUUCCCCUGUAUUUUCCAGCAAUACAAACGGCGUGAGCAGCAUCAAUAUCUCCUCAAUGGAAAUUGAUUUAACCAAAUCACUCAAUAGCAAGCCAUUCACGGUUGCUCCGAAAUUCUCGCUCGACAAUAUCGUUACCAUUUCUACGGAUUCCUCCCAACCGUCCUCAAUAAUUCUGAUAGACGAUGAAAAACUGGAUUUCAGUCUACAAACCUUGGACGAUUUUGAUGAUAGUAUUGAACAUACCAAUGUUGGAGAAUCGCAAUACAAUGUUUCAUCGGAGUUGAACAAAACAGUUAUCGAAACUAACCCGCCUGUUGCAGAGAAACCAAUCACACCAAACAGCUUUGUCACAGAAAUAACUGUGAAGACUCCAAUAUCUGAGCAAAAUGGAAAACUCGAAGAACCUCCAAAGGUAACGAAAAAGCCUCCCAAACCAGAGAAACCCACAACACCCCCGUCUCGGAUUCCUGUGGAACGAAGGAUGUCCAGUGAACAUAGCUAUAUCCCGCGCAAUACCGAAAUCAAAUUCACCACCUCCACGUACGACUCUGGCAAGAACCACGACAAACGUCCACUUGGAAUUGAUCAGAUUCGCUCUAACUUUGAGCGGAGUAAUUCUAAGCCAGACGUUCGUUCAUUCGAACGCAGUAAUUCCAAACCAGAUGUUCGCCCAUUCGAACGGAGUAAUUCGAAGCCCGACGUUCGUCCAUUCGAGCGCAGCAACUCCAAACCGGAUGUUCGCCCGUUUGAACGUAGCAACUCUAAAACCGAUGUUCGUUCCGUACUGGAACGUAGCAACUCGAAAACCGAAAUCCCGGUGUUAAUUCGAAGAACAUCGAUUCCAUCGAUAAACCUGAACAGUUCCAGUAUGCAGGCCACGACAAACGGCAACGGGAAUGGUACCAAGGCGAGCCCAUCCCGUAUUCCAGUGUUCAAUUCUACCAGUAAACUCAAUAAUGGUCACGACAGUCCCCGAUCGCCACCGCCGUUUGUCCAUAACAAUAAUAAUAACAACAAUGGCAGCAUCAACAAUAAUCACGUUAGCAAUAAGGUGUCAGUAAGCAUUACCUCAAUCAAGAACCAGUCCAAGCAUCCGAGUGGCAAAUUUGGUGGCAACUGAGCAAUGGAUGUCACGUGUAUAAAUACCUGCGUACUAUUCUUUCACGACUAAUCGCUCUUUAUUUUCUCCAUGAAUGGUGCAAUCGAAUGUGUAUGCGUAUGAGAUUUCUACGGAAUUACACUGGAUGCUUAAAAGACUAAGUAUUUCUUUGAAUCUAAUUCAUUGUAAUCGUUGCGAUCAUUCCGGUAUUAAUAAUAAAAUGGAAUGAAAAUGACCAGGGGUACUGCGGACCAUUGAAUCACCGUAUGAAGUCUAAUGUAAUCCAAGAAACCACAUAUCCCCAUAACGUCAUCAAAAAUUUGAACCCAUUUAGAAAGAACCCAAAACCGCAGAAACUUCAACCCAGCUCCACAGCCAGUUUCCACAGUACCCGAAAAAUGUAUCUAUUCGCUAGUUGAUAAGCGCCAAAUUGUAAAUGUUUUUUAACCAGAAAAUUAUAUCGCGUAACCGAAACACUGGUAACAGUGAAAAUGUUUGGCCAUAUUUACUUUUUAUACAUUUUUAUAUGUGCAUGUAAAAAUCACUUUACCGAAUCGUAAUGCGCAUCGACAAGUGGCGAGCGUAUCUAGUUUUUAAGUUAAGCAAAGCAGAAGUUUUAUUGUUGGAUUACUGUUGAUUGACUAUUAACGAAGAGGACAUUCGAAAUCACCAGUUUUUUUUUAUUCUAGAUUAUAAGACUUUUUCGUAAUGAAAUCUACCACUGGAGCCUAAUAUCCUUUUCGAGGAAACGUUAAAGCGCUCACAAAAAAAACACAUUAAAAAAUGUAGGCUAACAAAAUAUUUUAUUUUCAUUAUAGAAAUAACUCUUAAUUUUUA